UCUAGCAUCAGUUGUCCCUCCAUCAAACAUAUCGAAUUCCAAACUUCAAACAAAACAAAAUCUCUCGGUUAAUCAGAAGAACUCCAGGAUAUAUUUCAGCAAUAAAACAAAAGAAAUGAGAAACGCUACAGAAAUCAAGAGAAGUGAUUCAGUUUCUUCAACUUCUUCUUCUUCUUCCUCUUCAAGUCCAUCAAGGAAGAACUCGCUGUCACCGAAAUCAACAUUAGAAAGAUUAAGAAGAAAAUUAUCAUCUAAGAGAGUAGAUGAAAAUAAGGCGCCAACAUACGGAGGAGACCUCGAAAGUGUUUUUCGAUAUUUUGACGAAAAUAGAGAUGGAAAAAUUUCAGCAGCUGAGUUGGAGAGUUGUGUCAAAGCAAUAGGUGGUGAUUUUACAAGUGAUGAAGCAAAAAGAGCUGUGGAAUCAGCCGACUCGGAUGGCGAUGGGUUACUCGAGUUUAAUGAUUUUGUUAAACUCAUGGAAGUUAGUGGAGAAGAAGAGAAAAAUAAUGACUUGAAAGAGGCGUUUAAGAUGUAUGAAAUGGAUGGAUCAGGGAUUAUUACUCCUAAGAGUUUGAAAAGAAUGUUGACAAGACUUGGCGAAUCCAAGACGACUGACGAGUGUAGAACAAUGAUUCGCUUAUUCGAUCUUAACGGCGAUGGUGUACUUAGCUUCGACGAAUUCUCUGCUAUGAUGGUUUAAUCAUUUAUUAAUUGUUAUGUAAAUAAUCCUUGAAAUUCAUUUGUAUCUCUGAGUACUCUUUUCAUGAGAUCAAGUAGAAAAUGUAAUAAAAGGCAAACUUUAGCUAGCUAGUUCUAGUCGGCGAUUUGCAUGUGUUGGCAGUUUGCUUACCCCUUUCCCACUGUAAAUUGGAUACUUGCCUUAUCAUUAUGCAUAUUUUUAUAUAUAUGAUUCAUUCUUUCCAUUUA